AUGGCAACUACAGAAAGUCCUAUCACCAUGGAUAAUCUCCCAGAGGUGACAACUGACCCCCCACGACUUCUCAUCAAGAAUCUAAAAAGUGUUUACGACACUGUUUUCAAAUGCCUCCAUUGUGAGUUUGACACAAAGCACCUCCCGACAAUGGAAGACCAUGUUUAUGUACAUCUGAACGUACUGCCAUAUUAUUGUGAUCUUUGUAGCAUUGGCUUCAAAACACGCUUUGCUGCUCACAGACACAGUCGCAAAACACAUGGCACGAAGCAGAAGCCCCAGUUAAGACAUAGUUGGAUAGAUAAAACAAAACAUUACUCUAAAACUCAUGUACGUCUAGGUGUAUAUAAGCCUUCUAAUAAAGGCACAACAAGUCGGAGUAAGUCGCAAGGCAAGGCUUCCCAUGGGAUCAGUUUAUCGCCAAAUUCUCCUGGAAGUCAGUCAGUUCGUUCUCCUGAUAGUUCACAGAGUUUUCCAGCUUCCCCUAUGGAUAUCAACAGUAUGCCCCCCACGCCUACAGAACCCUUAGCCUCACCUGGGUCAGGCCAAGGCAUGUUGUUAAGUGUCUCGGAGCCUGCAUCGCCUGCGACAGGUAUAUACAGACAUAUGAUUGGGUCUCCAGAUCAGAUUCAAUCCCAACAUUCCCCACUCCCUCCGACCGCUGAUCCGGCCCCAUCACCAUCAUCAGUGCCACCUAUAGAACAAUCCCACCUCGCCAUAGCCCAAUGUCAGUUGUGUGAAUAUCGGACAAAUGGGGCCACCCUUGAUGCCAUAGAGAGCCAUGUCUCACAACACAUCCGUCUCAGCUAUAAAUGUUACUGGUGCACUUUUGUAGGAGAAAAUGAGGAUAUGUGUAUUGAGCAUCAUAAUGAAUCCCAUAGUGAGCUACCUCUUAAGCUGGAACCAGUCAGUAGUAACCUAACCCAAUACUACACUAUCUGGUCAAUUCCUCGAAGCAACUCCAGGAGUCAUUCUAGAGCUCCCAGUCCUCAGUCACAAAUCAAAUCUGAGUCCUUCACGCAGGGAAAUGACUAUUACUCCCAGGGAUCAGAUCCCUACUCUUCUAAAUCUGAUGCUCAGGGGAGUAAGGGGUCUAUGGGGCCUCAGCACCAUGCGCCACUGGAUUUAUGUCGGCAAGAUGAUCAAGUUAAUGCCAAUAUGAUCCAAGUUAUUGAACAAAAGUUUAAUAAUACAACUAAACAUCUGUUGCUCAAGUACAUGCAGGAGAAGCAUAAAGGAAGUUAUGAUGACCUGUGGAACAAAAGUUUGAAUCAAAGUGGGGCAGGGAGUCGGGGUGAAUCAGGAAUUCAAAGGGGAGAAGGGAUUCAAAGUGGUGUUGGCCAUAGUCAGAACCUGAAUGCUGUUAAAACAGAGCCAACUGAUAAUAAAAACUGUACAUAUGAUAUCCCAUUGACCUCCGCACAGACUAGCAAUGCUCCCGUGUCCCCUAUGUCUCCACCCUCCUCACAGGGUAUAUUUAGUAAGCUAUUGAGACGUCACGUCUUCACACCUCAAACUUCAGAGGUAACUAACGAAGCUACCACAGUCAAUAAUAUGAUGUCUUCUAGUGGCAGUAUUUCUGUGUCAUCUAAUUACGACACACCUAUCUAUGCUCCUGUAGGUUCUAAUGAAGAUAUCAAUCAUUCAGUUGGCUAUAAGGUGCCUCUCACUACACAUUAUAGUGAACCCUAUCUCUCAAAUUCUAACACAGAGACAUAUACAAAUAGUGAAGUGUCAGUAUCACAGGGGGGCUACUCUAAGCCCCAAGGAAAUAGAGUCCCCACUUCUGAUAGUGAUCGAAUGAUUGGAUACUCUCAACUCAGACGACAGCUGAUGCUCUCCCAGAGCCAACUUGGAAACACCCAAGGGGGACACUUAUAUUCGAAUGCAGACUCCAAUAUGAAUCCAACACUCACAGGAUAUAAUUCAAGUACCCUCCAGGUGCAGAUCAAAGAGGAACCGGACAGCUACAGUGGCUCCUCUAGUGGCACCCGUGUGUACCAUUGUCAAUUAUGUAAUGUUACAGCCACACAUCCAAUGCUGAUAUCUGAACAUGUAAAAGCUGUUCACCCCGAGGCAAAUAUGUCAAAUUGUAAUUAGAUCCUCAAGCCCGUGUAUUUUCUCCUAUUAAUACGGGUCUGAAAAUGGGUUACAAUUUAAUUAUUAAGUUUUGGUUACCCAAUUUAUGAUUUUUCCAAUUUUUAAUUAUAGUUAACAAUAAUCAAACCACAACCAGUUUACCAAAUAUUGUAUUUUGAACCAAAGGCCUUACAUUGUAUUAUGUAAUAAUGUACAAUUUAAUUUGCUUUAAUAAUUUUCAUCAAAUUGCUUAUACCUUAAUUUGAGCCGAUGAUGGUAUAGUUUAUCAAUAUCAGGUUUAAACUAGAAGUGUCAUUAUAUGCGUGUAUAUACCAUAUACUUCACAAUGCUAGCCCAUUAUCUUAUAGUAAGUGUGAAUUGCCACAUGUACAAACUCA